GAGAAAAAGAGGUCACAAAAGCUGAACUUUUCUCUUCUUGUUCAGGAAUUUGAGAUCUAAGCUCUAGGCAAUGAAGUUCUUGUUCCAGUGCCCCUGCUGCUCAUGCUUUUGCUUCAUGAAGCCAAAGACUGGGAAGGCUAAGGUGAAGGAAGUCAAGGAGGUGAAAGAAACCAAGGAAAAAAAGGAAGAAAAAGAAGAAAAGAAAGAGUAACAUGUAACUCCAUUAAAAACUUUCUUUGGUUGUAACUUGUUAAUGUUUCUUUCCCUUUUGCUUCUUACCACUAUUCUAAGCAUGCACAACAAUUUGCCUCUACUUUGUGCUUCUUUGCUCAUUUGCCAUUGUCAUGUGUCCAACAAUAAUAAGUUUGAAAAUGCACAAUGCCUUUGCAAGUA